AUGGGCAUGUUCGGCGAAGAAAAGUAUGCGCUAUGGAUUCGCUGCGUACUCAUGCUGCUGCAGUUUUGGAACUGGCUGUACAACAUCCUGUCUUACAUUCCGUUUCUGAUUCUCGAGAAUCCGCCUGCUCGCGUGGAGAAUUCAAAACGCAUCAAAGCCAAGCCGUUGUUCGAAAACGAGGAAUGCGUUGCGUAUCGCAAUGUCGACAGCUUUGACCAUCUGCUGACCAAGGAAUUCGAUGACGUGGACACGAUCGAUCGAUUGUGGGAACGCUCCGUGAUGUCUUUCACGAAGAAUCCUUGCAUGGGUGUACGGGAGGUUCUUAGUGUGGAACGCGAGAAGCAACCGAAUGGCAAAAUAUACGAAAAGAUGAAUCUUGGAAAGUAUAUAUGGUAUUCCUAUGAAGAGGUCGAUGAGAUGGUUCAGCAUAUCAGCUCUGGACUGAUCACUUUUGGUCAUAAGCCUGGCGUGAACUUGAUUAUAUUCGCCGAAACGCAGGCUAAGUGGAUGAUUACCGCUCUCGCUUGUGUAAAGGAUCGCAUUCCAGUGGUCACCGUUUACAGCACUCUUGGCGAAGCAGCGAUAAUUCGAGCUGUGAAUCAAACUCAGUCAGAAACGGUUGUCACAUCAGAACACUUGCUGCCGAAAGUUGCGAAGAUUUUGUCGAAAUGUUCGUCGAUUCGUCGUUUGGUCUACUUCGAGAGCGAAAAAGGCUUCUUCGACAGAAGCAGCAUUGAACAACUCACUAGACUGCCGUUCAUCAGUUUUGCCGAGUUACUGAAAAUGGGCGAGUCGAAAGGUAAGAUUGUUGAAAAGAGGUACGCGGCUGACAGUGACGGGCUAGCCUGUUGCUCAGCUUGUUGCAGUAUAGCGUGAUU